AUGCCUCGUAUCGACUCAGAAGUGAAACUCGACUUCAAAGAUGUUCUUUUCCGACCAAAGAGGAGCACCUUAAAAUCCCGAUCAGAGGUCGUUCUCGAGCGCGAGUACACCUUCCGAAACUCGAAGCGCUCCUACAAAGGUGUUCCGAUCAUGGCCGCCAACAUGGACACAACUGGUACAUUCGAAAUCGCCAAGGCCUUCCAUGAGCACAGCCUCUUCGUCUGUAUGCACAAGCACUACACCGUGGAACAGUGGGAGCUUUUCGCGAGAAACAACCCAGAAGUCAUCAAGAACGUCGCCGUCAGCUCCGGCACCUCCGAUAACGAUUUCGAGAAGAUGAGUGCAAUUUUGAAAGCGAUUCCCGAAGUCAACUUCAUUUGCAUCGACGUUGCCAACGGAUAUUCGGAACACUUUGUUCACUACGUCAGAAAAGUGAGACAGAAUUUCGAGGACAAGACGAUCAUCGCUGGAAACGUCGUGACUGGGGAAAUGGUCGAAGAAUUGAUCCUCUCUGGAGCGGAUAUCAUCAAAGUCGGAAUUGGACCAGGAUCGGUCUGCACAACCCGAAAGAAGACAGGCGUCGGCUACCCCCAACUUUCUGCCGUUCUUGAGUGUGCCGAUGCUGCCCACGGUCUCGGCGGCCACAUCAUUUCCGACGGAGGAUGCACUUGCCCUGGUGACUUUUCCAAGGCUUUCGGCGCUGGCGCCGAUUUUGUCAUGGCAGGAGGCAUGUUCGCUGGUCACGAUCAGUCUGGAGGCGACGUUGUUGAAGAAAACGGCAAGAAGUUCAAGCUGUUCUACGGAAUGUCUUCUUCCACCGCGAUGGAAAAGCACUCAGGCGGCGUUGCUAACUACAGAGCGUCGGAAGGAAAGACUGUCAAGAUUCCUUACAGAGGCGACUUGAACAACACGAUCAGGGAUAUUCUUGGCGGAGUUCGCUCUACUUGCACAUAUGUUGGAGCAGGAAAGUUGAAAGAGCUCUCGAAGCGAACCACUUUCAUCCGCGUGACGCAGCAGUUGAACACGAUUUUCGGCAACGAAGGCUAA